AUAAUGGCUUGUACAACAUUGUGAAUCUAGAGACGGAUUUAUAGUGUCACAUAUACUGUCAACAGUCUGAAGAGCUCUGGAGAGAGAACACAGCGCGGGAGGGGGAUUAAAGAUUAAAAGCGGGAAAGAGAGGACGGAGAAAAAGAAGGAGACAACGUGUAGGGUGAGACAGAUCUCUCCCAGAGGAGUUCAAGCUCUCAGAGGGAGCCGGCAGUGGAAGACAGUAGCAGCAAGAAAACAAACAGCCACACAUUUCACACAUUUCACAUUUGGUGCUGGAGAACACCACCCUACAAUGUGAGGCAAGUGCAGGCAACAGGGGAGACGAAGAAAUUGAGACAGAGAGAGGAGAACCACCACUGGAUUCAAGAGACUGACUGAUCUAACUUUUUCUUUUAGAAGACAUGAGCAAAGACAGGAGAAAAUAGCAGGAGACAGGAAGAAAGAACAAACCCUCGAGUACCUAUCCAGUGCUCUCAACCCAGUGGGGAAGAUGUCCAAGACGUCGUCCCGUCUGGGUCGACCUGGAUCAGCAGGAUCCAAAAACUUCAGCUCAAGGAAGGACCUACAAGGUAACCGCUCAUGCAUGCUGCGUAUCGGAGAGAGGCUGAUGAGAGCCGGCAGCGAGGGAAACUUGGCCCAAAGGCCUUUUCCGACCUCGAGCCACAACCAAAACAAGGCUUCUGGAUUAGGACAAGGACCUCAUGGAGCAAGCAAAGUGGACGUUGCGGCGGACAAAGACACAGAGCCUGCAGAGAAUAAUUGCAGUGAAGUGCAUGUGCCAUCCGUUGUCCCCACCGCUUCAACUGUACACCGUGAAGCUGAGCAUCAGCUACCCAAGAAAAGUCACACCAACAACCUGAUAUAUAACCCUCGUGGGGUUCCCAGCUCUCACAGCACGUUACCUCGAAGCGAUGCUGCUGCCAGCAGUCGGGAGAGCGAGCUGGCAAACCUGCUAAUGCAGCACUCCGAGGUGGAGCGGAAGAAGGGAGUGUUUCUGGAUCACCUGAGACAGAAGUACCCACAUCAUGCCGACAUUAUCAUCGGACAUCAGGAACACAUGAAGGAGCAGUUAAGGAGCCCCCGGCCGUCUGAAAGCACCACUUGUGACAGUGUGUUGGCUGCAGAGGACAUGUCUGAUGGAGAGUCGCUGCCCCUGACAGUUCCUUUCUCCAGGGGCUGUAAAGCCCGAUCGAGUCUGCCCGUUGGACGGUCAAGUGGCCAACCAAGAGAGUCACUCGGUGUGCUAUAUCUGCAGUAUGGAGACGAGACAAAGCAGAUCCGGAUGCCUGCAGAGAUCAACAGUGAGGACGCUCUGCGGGCUCUUUUUGUCGCAGCUUUUCCUCAGCAGCUCACCACUAAGAUGCUUCAGUCCCCCAGCAUGGCCAUUUACAUUAAGGACACACGUCGCAAUGUUUAUUUUGACUUGGAGGAUGUCAGAAACAUCACAUCCCACUCCUGUCUGAAGGUUUAUCAUAAAGAUCCGUCGCAUGUGUUCAACCGCCACGCUCGGCCUGCCACCACAGAGGGAAGGAUAUCAAAACAAGUACUAUAUGGCAGCCACAGUCCGGUCCAUACACUGUCAUCGUCCAGUCGUGGCACCCUGCAGUGCUCCAUGUCACCACCUAUGGUGCGCUCCAUGCCCUCCUCUCCAUCCAGGAUGGCCUACGGAGGGAGGAGCACACAAAGCCGAGUGGGGGUGAUGGAUGCAGGCAGUGCCACGUUGCUCCGAGACCGGCUUGCAGGCGCGGGACGAUCCAGCAGCACAUGCAGCAGCAGCGCCAUACUCGAGAGGAGAGACGUCAAACCUGAUGAAGAUGUUGGCAACAGCAAGAGCAUGGCCCUGGUGGUUCGUACGGAGGGAGGACCAUAUUACCCAGAAUCCUACAGCAGCUAUGCUUCCUACCAGUGUAGUGCUCCUGCAUCCCUCGCUGCAGACAUGGCAGAUACCGAGAUCACUGGGAUUCCUGCAGGCUUACAGCAGUACCGCGCUUCCAUCAAGCCUCUAGUGGGAUAUGGGGACGGCAUGGACCACCAGACCCAAUCCCUGCACAGACAAAAAGCCAGGAAGUAUAGUGACAGUCAACUCCCUCCAUUUGGAACCAAAACCCCUCCCCCAUCCCCACACCGAGUGAAUGAAGUGAAGAUGAGUGAGGGACAGAUCAUUGGAGGGGUGGGCCUGGUGUCGCCAGAGAGAAUGUCUCCAAUUCGUUGUUCGCUGCGCCGGGAAAGUAACGGGGUUCCUGUGGAGAUGAUGAACAGAAGCAGAGGGAGUGGUUCAUCAUCAUCCACCUCAUCUGUAUUUGUGGACUGCCAACCGGGACAAUCUGAACGAUUGCUUCAGGGUCACAUGACUGCCUUUGAUACUCAGAGUGAGAGAAUGAAAGCCAUGGAGGAGCAAAUAGCCAGUCUAGCAGGGCUCGUACACCAUGCCUUGUCUAUGGGAGGAGAUCAUCCAAGAGUCAAAAGCCUUGUCAGUGAGAGCAGAGAGAAAAAUCGACCUGUUCCGGCCCAGUCGCAGGUGAUGAGUGCUUUAACUGACAAGGCGGGUUCCACUUCCUUGGCUCUUCAGGCUCUGCCCACUGAUAGUGAAAUGCAGCACAGCUUGGUGCAAGUAAAGAGAAACGUGUCUGAGCUACGACUGCAACUCAAUCAACUCAGAAACUUACAGGUAUCACACCAGCACAUGAUGAGGUCCAUGCUGCGGAUGGCCGACCAGGAGCUGGUGUUGUUGAUGUCUGAUCGCCUGUCUCAGUCUGAGGAGAGAACAUGUGGACGAAAAGCUGAGAUUGAGGAAGAAAGGCUCCACUACCUUGCGACAGAGGAGAGAAUACUGAAACAGCUCAGUGACCUGGAGGAUUAUGUGAAUCACUUGCAAACAAGCACGGUUUCCUUUCCUGGCCAGUUGCCAAUCGCUCUGAGAGAUGUGGAGGAGGGAGCAGUGAAUCUGCGCAGGGUUGGAGAGACUCUGGCUGUCCUUAAAGAAGAGUUUCCAGAACUCCAGGUGAAGAUGCGUUCAGUGCUCAGGCUGGAGAUGGAUGCAGUGCGGUUUUUGAAGGAGGAGCCCCACAAAAUGGACUCCAUGUUAAAAAGAGUCAAAGCGCUGACUGAAGCUCUCAGCUCUCUCCGCAGAUCCGUAUCAGAAUCAACUCCCCCUACCAGAGCAUCCCAAGUGGAGUCUGGAAAAGCCCUACAAGCAGACCAGGAGCCCCAGAUGCAGAAGAGUCCCAAUACCUCCCCAAAACCCCAGCCUCGAUCAUCAUUCAGAGGCCCUCUUCCAAUUCCACCUUCCAAUUUAACACAGCCUGAGCUCAACUUUGUAGGCUCAGGUUCUCCAGUCACAGCACGCAGAGUUAAGACCACAGCAGCCACUGUGAUCCAUGCCCACCAGCACAGCCCACCACUGACGCCCACCCAUGGACGAGACCUACCAACUGUGGCCAAGGUGAGUCCUCGCAGUCGAGAGGGCAGCCCUGCCUUGCAGAAGCCUCCCGGUCCUCUCCAGUCCAGUGAACUUCACAGAUCGAGUGUGCCAACAGAGAGUCACGCUGCAAACCAAGUCCAAACGUCUUUGAAGAGCACGGCCAAACCAACUGAGAGUGCAGUGAGAGAAGCUUCAGAAGGAAGUCUCGAAAGCAGCAGUGUGAGCCAACCCAACACCAGCCACGACUCAAACAUCACCAAAGAUUUAGACCAAGUCCUUCAGGAUGCCCAGGCCAGUCUGAUGAAGUCCAUCCCUGACCUGGAUCUGUCCCACACUGGAGUGGGUCAGUCAGAUUUGGCUGCUGCGGACAUAAAUCCCUCAACUUCCAAGAAAGAAAUGGAGAAACCCUUGGACCUGACACUGCAAGCUUCACUCUCUGGAACUCAGGAACACAAACAGACACAGCAAAGUGAUGAAGUGGAUUCCCCCCUGCUGAAGCCCCCAGCUGCAGCAGUUACCGUGGAACCACCAACAUCAGCGUCUCCAUCAGCCUCUCCUGGCACCAGACGGAGCACGCGGCCACAGGUGGAAAAGCCUCGACGUUCAAGUGUGGAAAAGAAGCAGAGUCCCGAUAGGAGUCACUUUUCUCCGACUCCGCCAAAAAGGUUGCAUGCUGCCAGCACGGCUCUAACCACAGGAAGGAGUGGAGAGGUGAUCUUCACCACCAGGAAAGAACCUGUUGGAUCACAGGAUGUUGGUGAAAAAGAGCCAUCUGUGAUUCCUCAACCCAAACCCCCCAGACAACCACCAGAGGUCAAACCCAAACCCACCAACCUUCCUGCCACAGAGCACAUGGAUGAUGAGGAUGAUAAAAAGUUUCUGAAAGAACUGCAGGUUACUGCAGAAACAUCCAGCAAUACAUUACCAAGUGAAAAGGAUAUAUUAGGAGUGCAGCAAAAGACACACACAGAAUCAAAGGUGGCUGAUCAGAAUCACUUCUUGACAAUGAACACCAACUCAACGCCUCAUUCAGGACCUCCUAUUGGUUGCCCUGAUAACCAUUUGAAGGCUGAAGUCAUUAAAUCUGGGCAAGGGUGUGUGGCUCCUCACCAAGUCGAGGAAGGCAAAAUGGUUAAACAAGAGUCAAUGUCAAACGUUAUGCAAAUGUUACCAAGUGUUGUGCCUCCAAAUGCAGCCUCUAAAAAUGCUCAAGUCAGUAACAGGCUCCUAACAAGAGAGAAUGUGGAGAUGAUUCCAAACCCAGACAAAGAUGAUGCCUGUAACAUGGCCGUAAGGUGUGAUCUGGAAACCCUGUGUUCAUCUACAGAAAUCAAGACCUUAACAACAAUUGUCCCUCUGCAAGACGUCCUACCAACUGACACUGUAACAGCUAAGGUAGAUAAAUAUGCUGAGUAUUCAUUCAGUGUACAAACAUUACAAAAACAACAAACUAUAGAUGAUUGCGUACAGGAAUUACCAGCAGGUAAGCAUGAUACAAGUGGAAACUUGGAAAGAAAUAAGCUGCAUUUCCCAGAGGUCAAUUUGCAACUAUCUGAGGGUGGAGGAAGAUCCACGGAAGAAGGUAGUUUGAGUCCUGAUAUUUUGGACGAUGGAGGAUCUCCCCCACCACUUCUUCCAGCUGGUAAGAUUUCCCUUUGCAUCGCAAGGAACAGAAUCAGAGCACUGUCGAAAGAACAAGAUCCGGACAACAGGAAUGUUUCUGACAUCACAACAGCAGUUUCGGGACAGACGGAACAGCCCAUUUGCCAGGUUUAUGAGAACCAGGCUUUUGAAGACAAUUGUGGCUCUGAUAACGACCCUGUGGACAUUCAGUCAGACUUUAAGCGCCUGUCUACUAUCUUUGAAUGUGAGGAGGAUCUUGUUUGUAUGGUUUCUCCAGACAGCCUUGUGGAAGAGGCGACAACGCAGGAAUACAUAAAUGAGGAUCUUAAGCAGGUAUUCAAAGAAAAUACAAGCUUAGGCUUCAACAUCUCAGAAAAUGGACAGCAUUCACUGCUGAACAUGCUUCAGACAGAUGGCUCUGUUGAUGAAAAACAAGAGAGUAAGUCAGAUGUACUCAAAAAGGCAGAGACUAAAUUUAAAUUCAAGUUCCCCAAAAACAAACUGGCUGCUAUUGGCCAGGCCAUUCGAUCAGGGCCAACUAAAACAGGAAAGAAGACUCCUGAAGUUGCUGUCCCGAAGGAAGAGGAAAUGAUGACAUUAGGCCAAAAGCCAGUGAAAGAAACCAAGAAACUCAGCAAGCGAUCCAGCAGGUUUAGGACUGCCAGGACCAAACAAGACCCCAACCAUGACAAACUCAUUGAAAUUAGCCCAUCUUCUCCUAAUGCCACUCAACAAGUCUUCAAGCCCAAGUCACAUAGCCAGGUGGAGGACUUGUGCAAGAAGACGUUUGACUCAAUUGACAGUUUAGAUGAGUCCAUUAAACGUCUGGAAAUCAGCAUGGACAGUUUCAGAAGUUCUUCCUUUUCCAAGGCUCCUUCUCCUCCUGCACUGCCUGACUCUUCCUCCAGUGACAGUGCUCAUCCUUCAAGGAAGGUCAAGCAACAGAGGGAGGGAAGCCCAUCAAAGAGGCCAGCCUCUCAGAUCUUUACAAGCCCAAAUUUCCCCCAGACCAAGAGGGUCAAACCACAGCCUGCAAACUAACCAGUGAAAUCCUCUACCAAGAAACAGACCUCCAGCUCUUCAGCUCAGCGAUCCCACACCACAUCUUGCCACUCAUCUUCCUCUUCUGACUCACCUGAAAAGACAUCCAAGCCAGCCCAGAAGCAACCCAGUCAGCCGAGUCUCGUCAGUGUCCUGCGUGACCGCAAAC